AUGCAGCGAACCAGUCCGACGACAUUGCCUCUUUUUGGGGGGGAAGAAGGAGAAGAAGGAGGGAAAACAAGAAGGGGCAAGGGCAAGGGCAAUGGCAAUGGCAAUGACAAUGGCAAUGGCGAUAACGACAUGAUCGAUCCUUCAUCUCCUCCUGCUGGGAAAGAGGCUCCUCCCCCGGUCCCCAGCAAAUCGCCCAAAUCUCCCUGGAAUAAUAGCCCGUCGUCUGGGAGAUCGCGACCGCGACCGGGGACCAGUUCGGGUACUGCUGCUGCUGCUGCUGCUGCUGCUGCUGCUGCUGCUGCUGGUGCUGGCGGAGACGCCAAGUGGAAUCCAAUUCCAAUUCCAGCUCCCUCGCCGUCAGGGGUGCAGGGCCAGGGACACGUUCAGGCACAGGCACAUGCACGGGGGCAACCACCACUACCGCCGUUAAUACCACCACCUCCAUCAUCAUCACCCAGUGCAGUGCAGCACUCGCCAAUCACAUCCGCCAGGCCCAGCAUUAGCCAGGCUAGCGCCAGCACCAACGGGAAUAGCGCCGCUGGCUCGACGCUCCCCCCCAGUCCAAGUCUACCAGAUCCCCGCCAGCACAAGGUCCUCCACAAGGACCCUAAAGAUCCCAACACCCAAGAACGCGAGAAUCGCGAUCGCCAGCCUUCAUUCAGUCGCAAGUCGUCCCUUUCAUCCCUCAUCCACCGACAUCGCCGCGCCGCUUCAUCCCUAUCGACAUCCGGAGCCCCAGGGGGAAAUGGCCCUGGCAGCGGAGCCGCAGCAGUGACGAGUCGAUCCCGAAAACCGUCCCUUCAACCCGUCGGCACCACCAGCCACAGCUCCUUCAGCUCCAACUCGAUCCCGCCCGUCCCCGGCAUUGCGCUGGCCGCCUCGCGACUGACCGACGCCGUACGCCCCCCGCCGUCUGCCACCACCGAGACCGUCAACUUCUCGAGGAUGUUGAGCCGCAGCACGCCCACGCCGGUGAAUGGCUUCGGGCCAAGCACCACACAGUUAGCGCCUCCCGCUAUGGUGGCUCCCGGGCCCCAAAGCGAGCUGGGCGAGGUGCACGCGCGUAUACAAGAGACGGCGAACAAGAGGAUAUCGACCUUGGAUUAUCUACGGAAAGCUCACGAAGGCCGUAUUUACUGGUUCAACACGAUCCUCUUUGACAAACCCGACCUACAAAAGAUGCCUUAUUUUAACAGCACCAAGCUGGGCAGAAGAGCAAUUAACUACCUUCUCUUGGGUCUCUCCCUACCCACCGUUCUUGAUCUCGUCUGCAACAACCCUACCGACUUUUUGCGAAGUCUGAACCACCUCCUAGCUGAGUUCGAAACCUUCCAACAGCUACACUCGGAAAAUGGCACAGCGUCAGCCAGUUCCCUAUCACGGGCCCGCAUCCCGCAAAUGUUCCGACGAGCUACGCCCAGCGCCAAAACAAGACGAUCAAGUAGUGCGACUGGCAUGGGAGGAGGCAGUAGUAACACCACCGUGAACGGAUCCAGCACCCCAGCGAUGCCCAUCCCGCCACCGACAGCGAACGGAAACGAUCCUAAUGACUUUGGUUACGCUCUUGAAUCCGUCCCCUCCCACACGGGUACUUUUGACGAGUCUAUGCUCACUACCACCACUACAAAUUCGGGCGCGGGAAACACUUCAACAUCGACAGAAAAGACGACAUCAACAAGCAGCAGCGGCAUUCCCUCGUCAACCUCAGCAGCAUCAACCGCCCCCUCAACAACAGCGUCCACCAUUGCUGGCGCCCCAUCCUCGGGUCAGACCGCACAGCCAACAACAUCAUCCGCCAAUUCCCCAGCACCCAUAUCCUUCUCGCCAGCCGAGCAAACCGAGCUGCUUCCAGGGGAGGAGUACACACACUUACUAACGCCUAAUCUACCAUUCGAUCCGGACUUCUUCGAAACUUUUGCGACAUUAUGUGACGUUUUAAUCGACACUUAUACGAGGCUACUAUCACUGGUACCCACGCCCAGGGAGUGUAACGGCACGGUGGCCGAGUUGUUCACCAAGGCGGACGCCAAGAUCCGCAAGAUUAUUGUUCAGGGAGUCAUCAAAGAGUUUGAGGAGCAGAGUCGAGCAGGGGUGAGGGCGGAGGUGGGAGCGGUGGAUGAACCUUCUAAUGUCUCUGAUGAUGACGACGACCCUUUUGACGACACCUUCGUUCUUGUCGACGACGACAACGACGACGACGACGAUACUGAAGGCGCAACCGAGGUGAUGAGCCUUGUCGAGGUUCUCGGGUCCAGUCCACCACCUCCCUGUCGGAGGAUGAUCACGGCCGGAACGACCCCGAGGAGCAGUCCUUUUGGCUCCAUUCCCAUUGGCCCUAUUGGCCCUAUUGGCCCUAUUGGCCCUAUUGGUCCUCUUGGUCCUCCUCCGUUGAGGUCACCGAGUUGGGCGAGCCAGGGGAGCAGAACACCGAGUUUGGCUAGGAAGAGCUCCAUGAGCUUUAGGUCGCUGAGGAGAAAGGUUUCGAAUAUGAGUAUUGGUGGUGGUGGUGGUGGUGGUGGUGGAAGUCAGGGAAGUCUGGAGUAA